CCAAGCAAAGUCCAAUUUCAAGAGUCGCUUGCUUUGGUAUAUUUAACGAGCUUCACCGAGUCUCUGGCUUUCUUCACUGCAUGCUCUCUCUCUCUCUCUCUCUCUCUCUCCAUAACAUCGCUCUCAGUCUCUUCCAGUCUCCUUCGUCCGCUGCUUCGUCCCCGGGAACCCCACGAGAGAGAACAGGGUAGCUAAAGCACAACUCCAUCGCCCGUCUAUUGCACCGUUAUUUACUAGUGCGCCCUCCGGUUUCUUCUUUCAUCUGUGUGUUGGUCAAGGAAAUGAUCAAUAUAUCAAGCUAUUCGAGUUUGUCCUCGUAAUCUUUGCGUAAAUGGAUGCCAAUGGGGCCUCCGUCAACAUUGACCCUCACUGUACAAUUGACAACAGCAAGAAAGGGAAAGUCCAGUGCAAUUACUGUGGUAAGGUAGUGAGUGGAAAGUUCCGGCUCAAGUGUCACUUGGGAGGCGUAAGGGGAGACGUGAUUCCUUGCACAGAAGUUCCCGCAGAUAUAAGGAAACUAUUUCACGAACAGUUACUUGAAACAAAAGGCGCGAAUCACAGGGAGGUCCUUAAUCUGGCCACCCCAGAAACCCCCCAGAAGAGAAAGUCGUGCCCAGGCACGAAUAGCUCUGCGCCAAGCAAGAGUCGAUCUCCCACAAGCACAGAUCCAAGGAAGAUCAAAGAGAGAACCGGUGUAGCAGAAGAUGGUGUGGCAGACGUUUCUCCAUUUUCAGAAGAAGUAGGUCUAUGGACGAAGCCAUUUAGUGAAGGAAAAGAGUACAGACCGUCAAUGCGUGCCCGACUCAUUGGCCGGUUCUUCUAUGAAAAUGAUAUUGAUCUUUAUGCUGUCAAUUCUCCUAGCUUCCGGGAAAUGAUGAAUGCUACUGUUGGAAAUGCUCAUUGCGAGGACAAGAUCCCCAGUUACCAAGAGUUGAAAGGCCCAAUCCUUCAAGAAGAAGUGAAAGAAAUGAGACAGUAUGUCCAAGCAGUCAGGCAAUCAUGGGAGACUACGGGGUGCAGCAUCCUGCUGGAUGGAUGGAUAGAUGAGAAAGGCAGGACCUUGGUCAACUUUUUGGCUGAUUGCCCCCAAGGUCCUAUUUAUCUCUCGUCGACUGAUAUUUCUUCUUGUGUUGGAGAUGUUGAUGCCCUACUGUCAAUAAUUAAUGGAGUAAUUGAGCAGGUUGGAGUUGACAAAGUUGUUCAGAUCGUGGCAUGGUCAACAGAAGGUUGGCUGAGGGCUGUAGGCCAGGAGUUUAUAGAUAGAUACAAGAUAGCUUUGUGGAGUGUGAGUGCUUCUCACUGCAUCGAACUUAUGUUGGAAAAGAUUGGGAUGGUGAGUUCUGUCAAAGGUGUGAUGGAGAAGGCCAAGACUCUUGUAGAGUUCAUCCACACUCAAGAAACUGGCUUGGAACUAUUGAGCAUACAAACCCUUGGCAAUGAACUUAUCAAGCCCCACAAGAUAAUGUCAGCUAUCCCAUAUAUGAGAUUGGAGAAUAUUGUAUCAGGAAAGAAGAAAUUGAUGGAGACAUUCCUGUCAUCCACAUGGAGCACCUCAGUUCUGGGUUCAAGCGAGGAGGGAAAGAGGGUAGUUGGCCUGAUGAGCAAUCCCUCUUUCUGGUCUGGAGCCAGAAUGGUCUUAAAGGCAACAGUGCCAUUGUUGCGCGUCCUGCGUUUCAUUCGCAGGGAUGAUAAACCGCACGCGGGGUACAUAUAUGAAACCAUGGAUCAGGUGAAAGAGACAAUUAGAAACGAGUUUCAGAGCAACAAGUCCAUGUACAUGCCCUUCUGGAAAAUAAUUGAUGAGAUUUGGAACGGCUAUCUACACAGCCCACUCCAUGCUGCUGGAUAUUUUUUGAACCCGAGUCUCUUUUAUUCAAGUGACUUCUACUGCGAUGGAGAGGUGUCCUUUGGCUUCCUGUGUUGCUUGGUGCUGAUGGUUCCUGAUCGUCCAACUCAACUCGUAGUCUCGCUUCAACUUGACAGGUAUCGACAUGCCGUGGGUGCUUUUGCAGAGGGGAGUGCCUUCGACCAAAGGAACAUUUCCCCAGUGGACUGGUGGUCUAGGUUUGGAGGAGAAUGCCCCGAGCUGCAGAGGUAUGCUAUCCGGGUCUUAAGCCAGACCUGCGAGGGUUCUUCGAGAUACGGGCUGAAAAGGGACAUGGCUGAGAAGCUUCUCACCGGUGGAAGGAACCAUGCGGAGCAGGAGCAAUUACGCGACCUGACAUUCUUGAGUUUCAAUCUUCAGCUGCAGAAAUUUCAUCCUAAGCUGAUUAGGAACAAUGUCUAGCCCGUGAAGAUGUUUGAAUGGAUCGUGGGAAGGUGGAUGGAAUGCCUGGAAGCAUGUGCUCAGAUUGAGUAGGUGGUUCUUUUUGGGGGGCAAGUUUGGAACUUAGGGAAAUUGUUCCUUAGACAAUUUGUAUUAAAGGGAAUAGUUUUAUUCAGU